AUGCAAGAUUACUUAUCUGAAUACAACAAAGAUUUGAAAUAUGACAACUGCAUAAUUGUGGAACAUGAGGAAGAGAAAAAUAAGAAUGCAAAAGAUGAAAGUUGCGUAAAAGACAAAAACAUAGUACGAGUUAUUCAAGAAAUUCGGAAAAAAUUAAGAUCAAACGUGUUAUACAAAAAUGAGAAUAAAAGUGCUCUUUUUAAUGUUCCCAUUUAUAACCUCUUUCCAUUUAAAUGUGUAAAAGGAAAAAAGGAAGAUCAUAUUUACUACGUGUGCAGAACUACAAAUGAAGAGGAUGUAUUAAUUUGUCUUAAAAAAAUAAAAGAAAUAAUAUCCAAAAUAUAUAUUAAAAAUAUGCUCAUAGAGAAGGAAUUUUUGGAUGACUUGUUUUCCGUUUUUAUGGAAUUGUGCAGACAGGUAUCGGUGAAAUGCUUUCAAAGAGGAGUUCUUUUGAAACACCUGUUCAAUUACAACAUCAUCCUUCUAUUCCAUUAUCACAAAUUAGUAAAAUCAUCCCUGGCAUUCAACUUGAAAAAAGAAAUAAAACGAAAUAACACAAUCAACAACCUUCAAACACAAAUCGAUAAAAAAAAAGAAGCCACUAAAAGUUUGAAAAAUGAAAUCCUCAAAACAUACCAACUUAUCGAAAACGAAAAAAAAAACGCACAAUGGGAGAUGUCAGAGGUAAAUAUAAUAUACCAAAACAAAAUAGAUAAGUUGAAGAAGAACAACCAGCGAAGACGCGAUGAAUUCACAAGGCUGCUAAAACUAUGA